UUCAUAGACCACAGUAGCAUAGUUUUCUUUGAUCUGAUAUCUUGAGAUAUAAAUUCUUUAGUAACUUUCCAUACCUGUUUCUAUAAGGGCCUACCUGACAUUCAAGUUUCUACUCUUCAGAAAUUGUGAGUUUGAGCUGUUCGUGUAAUCUUGAUCUGCCUCUGACAAAGAAAUCCAGAUGACCAGGAACCUGCUGAAGACAGUUCCUGGAGAAUGUCAGCUUUGGAAAUAACGUUGGCUGUCGUCUUGACUCUACUGGCACUUGCCGUUCUGGCUAUUUUGUUAGCAAGAUGGACACGACGCAAGCAAAAUGAAACUCAUAUCUCCAGAUACAGUUCAGAGCAGAGCGCUGGCCUUCUGGACUCUGAGGAUGACAGAGAUUAUUUCUCUAAGAGAUCUAAAAGAGCAAAAGAUUUCAAGCAUUCAUAUUCAACAGAAAGUGACAUCUCAUAUGGUGACCGAGAUUCAAAAGGGUAUUACACACCAUCAAAUAACUCAGUGGUGCAAACUCCAGGACCCAUUGUUCAAUAUACUGGAUCCAGUAAUGCUGAAGCUUCAGAAAUGAACACUGUGGCAGCCACUUGUCUCCCUCUAGCACCCCUGACAAGACCUGGGCAGCCUUCAAUUACACCAAUACCUAUUGGAAUAGCUCAAAUACCCACUGUGACCAGAUCUGGGAAAAUCACACUGUCUCCCGUGGUUAUACUUCCAGGUUAUGUGGAUGGAGAAUGUGCAAAGAAGUCAGAGUCCAAAGCACAAAUUCUAAAGUGUGGAGGAACUGCAAGUUCUCAACAGAGCCUACAAGAAAGCAAGAAAGCACCAAAAAAAGAAAUAGCCACAGAUUCCACUGAAUCUGUGCUGCCAAUAGAAAAAAAAGAGUUAAAAAGAACAACAAAAGGCACUGAAUUGGAAAAACAGGAGAAAGGAAGAGAGGCCAAGGUAGACAGCAAUGCUGAAAUAAUAAAAAGACAAGAAUCCCAAAUAAAGAAGAUUGAUUCCAGAAUACCAGAAACACUUGAAGCUCUGAAGAAAAUGAGCAGAAAUGAAGCAUCAGUAGGACAGGAAAUCCAAAAAAAGAAAAGUGAAAUAAGAAGUGUGAUAAGAAGUGAGGAAGACAUACCAGGACAGAUAGUCCCAAAAAAGAAAAGUGAGCUAAGAAGUAAGAUAGGAAAUGAAGAAGACAUGCCAGGACAGGUAGUCCAAACAAAGAAACGUGAAAUAAAAAGUGUGGUAGGAAGUGAGGAAGACGUACCAGGACAGGAAGUCAAAACAAAGAAAAGUGAGCUAAGAAGUGUGAUACGAAGUGAGGAAGACAUACCAGGACAGGAAGUCAAAACAAAGAAAAGUGAGCUAAGAAGUGUGAUACGAAGUGAGGAAGACAUACCAGGACAGGAAGUCAAAACAAAGAAAAGUGAGCUAAGAAGUGAGAUAGGAAGUGAGGAAGACAUACCAGGACAGGAAGUCCACAAAAAGAAAAGUGAGCUAAGAAGUGAGAUAGGAAGUGAGGAAGACAUACCAGGACAGGAAGUCCACAAAAAGAAAAGUGAGCUAAGAAGUGAGAUAGGAAGUGAGGAAGACGUACCAGGACAGGAAGUCCACAAAAAGAAAAGUGAGCUAAAAAGUGAGAUAGGAAGUGAGGAAGAUGUACCAGGACAGGAAGUCAAAACAAAGAAAAGUGAGCUAAGAAGUGAGAUACGAAGUGAGGAAGAAGUACCAGGACAGGAAGUCUACAAAAAGAAAAGUGAGCUAAGAAGUGAGAUACAAAGUGAGGAAGACAUACCAGGACAGGAAGUCCACAAAAAGAAAAGCUGGAGAAAACUGUCAGGACAGGAAGUUCAAAAACAGACAAGUGAGAAAAAUGUAUCAGGACAAGAAGUUCAAAAAAAGACAAGUGAGAAAAAUUAGGAGAAGGACAAGACGCCCAAGAAAAUAAGAGCUCUGCUGAUAAAGGGUAUAAAGGCAAAAUAAAGAAGAUGCAGAAAAGAAUCAAGAUGAAAGAAAAGAUACUAAAGCAAGGAAAGUGGUAAAGGAAAAA